AUGUCUUCCGGCGGUUCUUCCAGAAGCCCCAAUGCACAAGACGCUCCAUCACCUCACCAGGAGAGGCUGAUAAAUUUCUGCCGCAGCCAAGGUGUUCGUGCACCCAACUUCCAGAUCGUUUCGGACCGCCGAGGUGGUCGUACGGCCUGGAGCUGCAUGGUUACAGUACACGGUCAAAACAUCCAAGCCCGCUUCUGGUACGACGGCCAGUACGUCAACAAUGCCCGCGAAGACGCGGCCGAGAAAGCUCUCCAACUGCUGGGCGUGUACCGCGCACCACCAUCUCAGCAACCAGCACACCUUCAACAACAGGCUGGCCAGAUGUAUGUGGGCAGUUCCUAG